CAAGCAAACGAGCAGCAUCAAGCAACAGCAGCAGCAGUUUUACGCAUGCGCAUUAGCCAAACAAAUAUCAGUUGAAAGAACUUGCAGAAAAAAAAAAUACGUUGACAAAAAUAGAAAUAGAAAUUUGUGCAGUUGUUCGAGAAGUGUGUUAGUGCAUUACAACUAAACAGCUAUAUAGGCUGAUCAAACGGAUUACACAAAACCAAUUCAAAUAAAUCAUGGCUGUAUCAGCACUCAAUAUGACACCCUAUUUCGCUGGAUAUCCCUUCCAAGGACAAGGACGCGUCAAUCAACUUGGCGGUGUCUUCAUUAAUGGUCGUCCUUUGCCCAAUCACAUUCGUCGUCAGAUCGUCGAAAUGGCCGCAGCUGGUGUGCGUCCGUGCGUUAUCUCCCGACAAUUGCGCGUCUCGCACGGCUGCGUCUCCAAGAUCCUCAAUCGCUUCCAGGAGACGGGCUCCAUUCGCCCAGGCGUCAUUGGUGGCAGCAAGCCACGUGUUGCUACACCCGACAUUGAGGCCAGAAUUGAGGAGUUAAAGCAGUCCCAGCCCGGCAUCUUCAGCUGGGAAAUCCGGGCCAAGCUCAUCGAGGCAGGAGUUUGCGACAAACAGAAUGCUCCCUCGGUCAGCUCCAUUUCACGUCUGCUGCGCGCCACCUCCGGCUCCGGAGCGGCUCCUGGCACUGGCUCCCACAGCAUCGAUGGCAUUUUGGGCGGCGGUGCCAUUUCUGCUGGCAGCGAGGACGAGAGCGAGGAUGACACAGAGCCCAGCGUGCAGCUUAAGCGUAAGCAGCGUCGCUCUCGCACCACCUUCUCCAACGAUCAGAUCGAUGCCCUGGAGCGCAUCUUUGCUCGCACUCAAUACCCGGAUGUGUACACACGCGAGGAGUUGGCUCAGAGCACAGGACUCACCGAGGCACGUGUCCAGGUGUGGUUCUCCAACCGCCGUGCUCGCUUGCGCAAGCAACUGAACACCCAGCAAGUGCCAAGUUUCGGUGCCAGCUCCACAAACACAGCGUAUGCAUCAAGUGCCGCGACUGCCCCUAACAUGGGCAUGGGCAUGGGCAUCUAUGGUUCACAGUCGUGGCCAGCUGCAGCUGGUGCUGCGUAUGAGACACAUGCCGGCUAUGGUGGCUCUGUGGCGUCCAUGUCACCAGCCAGCAGCAGCGGCAGCAGCUCAGCUGCCCACAGUCCUGUGCAGUCGCAAUCGCAAUCGCAGGCUGUCGCCAGUGGCAACUUCAUGAACUCCGCCUAUGGCAUGGCCCCCAACAGUGGCAGCUAUGCUGGCUCCGCAGGCGUCUCAGCUGCUGCAGCCUACUCCAUGCCCAGCACUGCAGCCAGUUCCGCUGAGCAGCUGAGAUCACAGUUCGCCUCCGCUGCCGCCUCUGGAUCGCAUCAUCCAUCGUCCUGGGAUAGCUACAACUUCGCUGGCUCCUUCUUCCCACCAACCGCGAGUGGCAACCAUCACAUGGGUGGCUAUCAUCAGUCCGUUGCUGCUGAACAGAAGUCAUCUGUAGUGCCAGCUGCUUCUGCUUAUCCAUACUUUGGCUUCUAGGUUGCCAUUGAGCAGCACCUGCAUCCAACUCCCAGUUUUAAGUUCAUCUUGUAGAUUAAGAUUCCUCUGAACAUUGUUUUUGUUUCAUUAGCUGAUCAAUAAGUAGUUGUAAGAGCUUGAGACUGUUUAGAAUAAGUUUAUUGUUAAGCUAAGUGUUCUAGUAAAUAAGCAGAAAUCAAAAUAAAUAUUAAUA